AUGGCGCCCACUCGAGCUUCGACGAGGACGUCGACGCGUGCUAAAACCACGACUGUGAAAGCAGCUCCAAAGGCAGCACCCAAAGCCGCCAUGGCUAAAAAGGCCGGUGUGAAGAAAGCUGCGCCUGCAACUGCUGCGAAGAAGAAGGCUGCAGCUUCCACUGCUGAAACGAAGAAGACGAAGCUGAAGACUGCUGCUGCAAAGGCCGCGGUCGACGCCGACGCGAAUACCACCACCAAGCGCAAGACGACAGCAGCAGCAAAAGCAAAAGCAACAACAGGCGCGACCAAGGCCAAAAAGGAGGCCACACCAGCACCGCCAGUGAAGAAACGCAAGGCCGUGGCCGAAGAAGAGACCGCGCCAGAAUCCAAGCCCAAGAAGGCUCGCGUCGCAAAGGCCCCUGUUACCCGCAAGCCCAAGCCCAAAGUUGUGAUAAACAAGGCUCCAUCUCAGAAACUAAACGUCUUCGUCUGCGGUGAAGGGAGCCAGGGUGAACUCGGCCUAGGCUCCGCGAAGGGUACUGUUGACGUGAAGCGCCCGCGUUUGAAUGCGCUUUUGGCUGCCGGGGAUGUUGGUAUUGUUCAGGUCGCGGCCGGCGGUAUGCACUGCGUCGCGCUGUCCCACGACAACAAGGUCCUGACUUGGGGCGUGAAUGACCAAGGCGCGUUGGGCCGUGACACCGCCUGGGAAGGUGGCCUGAAAGAUAUUGAUGAUGAUGCAAAGAGCGACUGUAGCUCCGAUAGUGGCAGUGACAGCGGCCUUAACCCACGCGAAUCCACACCCACAGCUAUUCCAUCCGACGCGUUCCCUGAAGGAACUGUUAUUGUUGAGGUUGCAGCCGGCGACAGUUCCUCGUUUGCGCUCACCGAUGAUGGCUUGGUCUACGGAUGGGGUACAUUCAGAGAAUUCUCCUUUGCUAACGAUAUCCACCAGGGAAACGAGGGCAUUCUCGGUUUUGACGCCGACACGAAAAUUCAGACCACCCCAAAGCUCAUCCCUGGCCUCAAGAAGAUCACGCACCUCGCUUGCGGUGAUAACCACACUCUGGCUCUUGACAGCCGUGGCGCCGUCUUUGCAUGGGGAUCUGGCCAGCAGAACCAGCUUGGCCGUCGUAUUGUCGAGCGCAAUAAACUGAACGGUCUCCAGCCUCGCGAAUUUGGUCUUCCAAAGAACAUCGUCCACAUUGGUUGUGGUUCAUUUCACUCCUUCGCUGUUCACAAGUCCGGCAAAGUUUAUGGCUGGGGCCUCAACAGCUACUGUGAAACUGGUAUCCAGCAAGGUGCCGGUGAUGAUGAAGCCGUCAUCCUUCACCCCACCGUUGUUGACUCUCUCAAGGAAAAGAACGUGGUUCAAAUUUGCGGCGGAUCCCACCACUCCCUUGCCCGCACUGCUGAAGGCGAUUGUUUGGUUUGGGGCCGUCUCGAUGGUUUCCAAUCUGGCUUGAAGGUCGAAAAUUUACCCGACUCAGCCGUCAUUAAAGACGACAGAAACCGUGCUCGCGUCCUGUUCGAGCCCACCGCUGUUCCUGGAUUCAAGGCGGACUACGUUGCGGCGGGAGCUGAUCAUUCCAUCGCCAUUGAUAAUGAGGGUCGCGCGUGGACCUGGGGUUUCUCUGCCAACUACCAGACUGGUCAAGGGACUGACGAUGAUAUCGAAGUCGCCACCGUUGUCGAUAACACUGCUGUCCGUGGGAAGAAAUUGAACACCGCUGGUGCCGGCGGACAGUACUCCGUCUUCACUGCCGUCUCCGAAUAA